AUGAAGGAGAAGGUUACAUUAACAGGAGUCUUGCAGUUUCAAAGGAUGCUUGUGAAGUGGAUGUCUGUUCUGUUGCUCCUGCAGAUGAGUUGCUACUUUAUACCUGGGAAUUGUGGGAAGGUGUUGGUAUGGCCAAUGGAAUUCAGUCACUGGAUGAAUCUAAAGAUAAUACUGGAUGAACUUGCACAGAGGGGUCAUGAAGUGACAGUUCUGAGACCUUCAGCUUCCAUCUUUCUUGAUCCCCAAAAAUCACCUGACCUUAAAUUUGAAACAUUUCCUACAUCUAUCAGUAAAGAUGAUCUGGAAAUUUUUUACACACAGUGGGUCAUUGGCUGGAUGAAUGAAGUACCACGAGAUACAUGCUUGAGAUAUUUUCCAUCACUUGAUGAAGUGUAUAGGCAAUAUUCUGAUCUUUGGCUAAAUCUUUGUAAAGAAGCUGUUUUGAACAAGCCUCUUAUGACAAAGCUACAAGAAUCAAAAUUUGAUGUGCUUCUUUCAGAUCCACAUGGUCCAUGUGGUGAGCUGAUAGCUGAAAUACUCCAAAUACCCUUUGUGUACAGUAUUCGCUAUUUUCCUGGCUACGCAAUAGAAAAGAAUAGUGGGGGUCUUAUCUUCCCACCUUCCUAUGUACCUAUUAUUAUGUCAGGAUUAAGUGGUCAAAUGACGUUCAUGGAGAGGGUCGAAAACAUGAUGUGCAUGCUUUAUUUUGACUUUUGGUUCGAGCCAUUUACUGAGAAGAAAUGGGGUCUGUUUUACACUGAAAUUUUGGGAAGACCUACUACAUUAGCUGAAAUGAUGAAGAAAGCAGAAAUAUGGCUUACUAGGUCCUACUGGGAUUUGGAGUUUCCUCGCCCAGUCUUACCAAAUGUUGAUUUUAUUGGAGGACAUCACUGCAAACCUAGCAAACCCUUGCCCAAGGAAAUAGAAGACUUUGUCCAGAGUUCUGGAGAACAUGGUGUUGUGGUAUUUUCUCUGGGGUCAAUGGUCAGCAACAUGACAGAAGAAAAGGCUAUGGCAAUUGCAUCAGCCCUUGCACAAAUUCCACAAAAGGUGAGGUCAAAUAAGCAAGACAUAAUAUUUACAGAAAGUCCUCUAAUGGUAUUGACUGUCUUUCAUCUGAUGCUAGGUCAUCCCAAAACAAAAGCUUUUGUAACUCAUGGUGGAGUCAAUGGCGUCUAUGAGGCAAUUCAUCAUGGGUUCCCCAUGGUUGGCAUCCCCUUAUUUGGGGAACAACAUGAUAACAUUGCUCACAUGAGAGUCAAAGGUGCUGCUGUUGGGUUGGAAUUCACUACUAUGUCCAGCUCAGAUUUGCGCAAUGCACUGAAGGCAGUCAUUAACAACCCUUUUUAUAAAGAGAAUGCAAUGAGGUUGUCAACUAUUCACCAUGACCAGCCCAUGAAACCCCUGGACAGAGCCAUCUUCUGGAUUGAGUUUGUCAUGCGCCACAAAGGGGCCAAGCACCUGAGGCCACUUGCACACAACCUCACCUGGUACCAGUACCACUCUCUGGAUGUGAUUGCAUUCCUGCUGGCCUGUGUGGCAACCACGGCUUUCCUUGCUAUAAAAUGCUGCUUGACUGUUUACCGAUUCUUUGCAAACUCAGAAAAGAACAAAAGAGAAUAGGGUUCUUAAAAAUAUUGGAUGUGACCUCUGGCCAUGAUGGGCAGGACUAUUCAAUCAAAUUCUAACAGUGUGUAUCCAGUGCAGCAAGAGUAUCCAUCUUGUCUUUGAAGAUAUUAGGCUACUUAGUUUAUCUACGUAAACUAACAGCUAAAGGUUAAAAAGUUAAAGGUUAACAAUUCUGAAUCUUUACUUUCCCACAUAAUUAUAUUUCAUAGUAAUUUAUCAAUGCACUAAAAUUCAGAACAAUGAUAACCACCGAAAUAUCAACCUUUUUACCAAAUGAAAAUAGGUCUUACUAUUUAUUAUAAAUUUUCAGAUAUAUCGCUUUUUAAAGUAAAGCUGAAGGAAAUGGACAUUGAGUUACAGUCAAAAAGAAGAAGAAGAAGAAUAAACAAGAAAAUGAUCUGUUUAAAAAGUGACAAGUCAGAUUUUCUUUAAAGUAACAAAGUAGAGGGAAGAGGACUGAGGAGACACUGAACCCAACUCUACCAGAAAAAGAGAGCAGUUCUGGCUCCAUUUUGUGUGUGGUUAGACAGUUCUCAGUCCUAUGUUUUCCUCUCGCAACAGUCAGGGCAGCCUGCAUAACACAUUUGUGAUUUCCAUGGCCUUUACCAUCAUCUGGAAUAUAUUCACUAAAACAACUGAAAAAUUAUCUCUAAUAUAACUACCAUGUUCUUACAGGAAACACAUUUCAAGGUUAUUCUGUCCCUCUUCUAAUAUUGAUGUAUCUUUGUUGGUUUUGCCUCAAAACUAUUUUUCUGAAGUUGGGAUUGAAGAUACCUUUUGGAGAUUAAAUUUUGGUCUUGGUCUGGCCAUCAAUAAAGAUGACUUAAAAUAAUUCAGAAAUACUAAUAGUAAGUAUUUGUCAUAUAAAAUAUUUACUAUUUUAAAGUGUGUAUUCCAGUGCUCUCUGUUGAUGAAGAUUAGUGUUAACUCAACUGAGAAAAUGGAAGCACUUAUAGCUUUCCAAUAUUUAGCGAAACAAAAUUUUGCAACUGAAAGAAAAUAGAAAUUUGUAAGGCAUUAAUAUUAUUUAAAACUGUAUUUGCUAGCAUCCUAAAUGUUAAAAGUCUAAUACCAUAGAUAAUACCUGUGUAAAUAUCUCAUUAAAUAGAGAGACUUCUUUUAAUAGUAGUUUAGAAGAAUGAGCCCAAAUUUUAAUUUUCCAUAUGUCUCCCUAUGGAUUGUGCUUUGUAGCUCGUUUUCUUUAUGUUUGAUCUGUGUCUGUCCGUGUUACCAUUUAGAUUUACUGAAUAUUUUCUGGUUUUAUGUAGGCAUGUAUAUUCCUCAUUUCAGCUGAUGUCAUACCUCACAGGAUUUUAUGGGCUAUGCUUCCAUACUUCAUUGAUUUCAAGAAACUAUUUUAUUUCCUUUUUAUUUUCUUCCUUGGUUUACUGGUUAUAAAAAAAUAAUACUUUUAAAUUCAGUGUUUGUAUAACUUACAAUGUCUCUAAUUUUGAAUUGUGGUUUAUUAUACUAUGAUAAUAAAUUAUACUUUUAAUUUGUAUCAGUUUAUUGAGAAUUGUUUCUGUGGCUCUAUUCAUUGUGAAUGCAGGGCAGUGUGUCAUGUGCUGGUGAGAGAACUGCAUAUCCUGUACCCAUUGAAUGAAAUUUUCUGUUUAGCCAGCUGAGUUUGUGCUAAAUUCUAGUGCUAAAUUUUUGCCUGAGUGAUUUUCCAAUUGAAGUGAGGUGUUCAGAACUACAGGUCCUACUGUGUUUAUCUCUCUCUUUCACAUCCAACGUUUGUGGAAAAUAAUUGGAUGUGUGUGGAUUAUAGUGAUUGAUUUUGAUAAACUGAUAUGUUGGUAAAUAUAUAGAGACCUUAGAACUCAUAUUUCAUACUCUAUAACUUAAUUAGUUUUGACAGUUAUAAGUGGAUCUACUACAUGUAAUUUGUUCUUUUGUAUUGAUUUUUCCAAUUCUCAGUGCAAGUGUUUAUUACCUACGAAGUAAUUUUUUUAUACAUAGAGUCUCGAGUGUAGAUGUUUGUUUGAUUAGAAGGAGCAUAUAUUUUAAUUAAAGAAUUUGACAUGUUAACAUCCUAGAUUGUUAUUUAUAAUUUAAUAAAUUCUAAUGCCAUUUAAUUAAUUUA